AUGCGGCUCAUCAAUGUGAGGACAAUGGAGCUAGAGGAGUUCCAUGGCGACCAAGUCCCCUGGUACGCCAUUCUCUCUCAUACCUGGGGACAGGGCGAGGUCACAUUUCAAGACUGGAAAGAUCCCAACCUUGCUUCCCAGAAGGCAGGUUUCGCCAAGAUCCUCGGUGCUUGUCAACAGGCCCGUGAGGAUUCCCUGGAGUAUCUCUGGGUGGACACUAACUGCAUCGAUAAAUCGAGCUCUGCAGAACUCUCGGAAGCUAUAAACUCCAUGUUUGCCUGGUAUCGCGAUGCCGUGGUCUGCUACGCCUUUCUCAUUGAUGUUCCUACCAUACCCACCAGUGGUCAGGAUCGCUUCACGGGUUUCUGCAAGAGUCGAUGGUUCACUCGUGGAUGGACCUUGCAAGAACUUCUCGCGCCAAAAGAAGUCAUUUUCUUUGAUCAAAAUUGGCAGAAAGUCGGGACCAGGUCGGGGUCGUUAGGGGAACGGAUAUCCGCCAUAACGCAAAUCAAUGUCCACAUCAUUACGGAUCCAUCCACUAUGAUCCAUGCGAGCGUCGCCCAGAAGAUGUCAUGGCUAUCACGACGGGUUACUACGAGAGUCGAAGACAUGGCAUAUUGCAUGCUUGGGAUAUUUGAUAUCAACAUGCCUUUACUGUACGGCGAAGGAAGAAAUGCCUUUUUGCGCCUGCAGGAAGAGAUAGUUAAGAUAUCUACCGACCAUACCAUUUUCUGCUGGAAUUGGGUCGAGUCUGUACCCGGCUCUUGGACCAGCAUGCUAGCCCCUACCCCGGCGGCUUUUGAGUCCUCUGGUUGUUACGUCGAACCCAUAAGGGACGCCAGCUCGCCAGAGCUGUCCCCCUACUCAUUCACCAAUGCUGGUCUCUCCAUCCGGCUUCCUCUU